AUGUCUUCUGCCGUCAAUGAACUUGCCGAUAACGUGGCCUCCGUCACCAUCAGUGAUGCCAACGGUGCUCCUGCUGCUACCACUGCCGACCCGUCUGCCAUCUCUGCCGACGAGGGCCGCCGUCUGUACAUUGGGAACCUCGCCUAUGCGACCACCGAGGGGGAGCUCAAGGACUUCUUCCAGGGCUUCAGUGUUGAGAGCACGUCCAUCCCUGUGAACCCUCGCACUGACCGCCCUGUUGGUUACGCCUUUGUCGACCUUGCUACCGCCCAAGAAGCUCAGGAUGCUAUUGCAGCUCUGACCGGCAAGGAAAUCCUCGAGCGUAAGGUCUCUGUCCAGCUCGCCCGCAAGCCCGAGGAGCAGAAGGAGGCCGGUGCCAGUGGCGCUGAAGGCACCAGCGGCACAGAGGGACGCAAGAGAAACUCCAACCGCGGACGUGGACGCGGUCGUGGCCGUGCCCGUGGCGGCCGUGUUGGCCGUGGUGGACGUAAGACUGAGGAGGGCCACACCGAGGGAGAGACCACCGAACAGGCCGGCCUCACCGAAACCACCAACGUCGAGGAGGGAGACGCCCAGGACAAGGGCCGUCGUCCUCGCGGCCGCCGUGGCCCCCCAGAGGACGGCAUUCCUUCCAAGACCAAGGUCAUGGUUGCCAACCUCCCAUACGAUCUCACUGAGGAAGGAUUGAAAGAGCUUUUCGCUGCUUACGAGCCAACCUCAUCCAAGAUCGCCCUCCGCCCCAUCCCUCACUUCAUGGUCAAGAAACUCCAGGCCCGUGGUGAAGCCCGUAAGGGUCGUGGUUUCGGUUUCGUCACCCUCGGAUCCGAAGCUCUUCAAGAGAAGGCCGUCCAGGAGAUGCACGGCAAGGACGUCAACGGCCGUGAAAUUGCUGUCAAGGUCGCCAUCGACAGCCCCGGAAAGGAGGACGAACUCCUCGACGGACAGGCUGAAGGCCAGACUGAGGCUCCAGCAGCCGAGGCUGAGCCAGAGGCCGCUGCCGCUGCCACGGCCACCGCCUAA